CUUCACCCCGUACCGUAAGCCCCUUUCUUUAAAACUCAUUGUUUUCGUGAGGCGGUUGCUAACUCCCACUAAAACAAUUCAAUUCAAUUCUGGGAACAAUAUAAUUACAGAAUCAAAGUAAAAACCGAUUAGGGUUUCUUAUACUCAUUUGAUUCCACCGUAAUCGAUAUGAUACGAACCGAAACAAACCCGGAUUCUUCUGAAACGGAGAUUAACGCGAUAUUUCAUCUCCUGAAAUAGAAUUAGUUGUAAUUCAAACAGAAUCUAACUUUUGUUCAUUCAAAGUUAUACAACGACGUCUUCUUAGUGAUGUGCUGGGGGAAGAAGAUGAAGCAAAGGGGCUUCUCCUUCAACUUCUUCGUCUCUUGUUAACUUCAUGGCCUCUUCUCAGCACCGUUGCGUCUUUGUUGGAAACAUACCUUAUGAUGCAACUGAGGAGCAGCUCAUAGAAAUCUGCAGAGAGGUUGGCCCUGUUGUAUCGUUCAGACUAGUUCUUGAUAGAGAAACUGGGAAACCAAAAGGCUAUGGGUUCUGUGAAUAUAAAGAUGAAGAGACGGCAUUAAGUGCUCGUCGUAAUCUUCAUGGUUAUGAAAUUAAUGGAAGACAAUUACGUGUUGAUUUUGCUGAAAAUGAUAAAAGGGCUGACAGAAAUCGAGAGCAGGGCCGUGCUGGACCUGGACUGGCUGUGAAUACUGAACCUCAGAAACAAAUAGGAGGUCCUGCAAUUCAUGGGGAUUCUGUUCCUCAACAGCCGAUUGGUCUCCAUUUAGCUAUAACUGCUGCAGCAGUUAUGACAGGAGCUCUAGGUGGUGCUCAGGUUAGUAUACAGUCUAAUCAUAAUGGUUUGCAGAAUCAGGUGGCAUCAGCUAAUGAUCCAUUAACUCUUCAUCUGGCGAAAAUGUCGAGGAGUCAACUGAAUGACAUUAUGUCUGAGUUGAAGCAGUCAAUGGCGAUCCAAAACAAGGAACUAACUCGUCAGCUAUUGCUUGCAAAACCUCAGUUGCUGAAAGCUCUUUUCCAGGCACAAAUAAUGCUAGGAAUGGUGUCCCCUCAAGUGAUGGCAAAUCUUCAACAAGGUCCAAGUCAGCCUGUGCAGCCUUCAUUACAAGAUGGUCAGAAGCAAGCAGUUCAACUCCCUGGGCUACCUCCACUUGCUCAGAAGCCCUCUAUGCAUCUUCAAACUCAGCUUUCACAACAUGCCAAGAACCAAUCUCUACAACAAACUGUAUUGCCUGGGCAGCCUGGAGUUCGAACACUCUCUUCAAUGCACCCUUUAGUUAGACCUCAAAUUCAGGUGGCAAAUUCCUCUUCCUUGAGCCAGCAACUACAAUUUCAUUCGCUGGAAAACCCAGUACAGGUUACAGCGGCCAGUUUAGGAAAUAAAAAUUGGGUAAAUGUUCCAAAUUCAGACAUUCGGCCCCCUCUCGUGUCACGCUCUCCAUCACUGGAUGCUGGCUUCCAGCAUGGCCUCUCAACAUCAUCUGGCAUUGUACAGUCAGUUAGCAAAGAUGCUGAUAGAUCUGGUAGACUUACCAAUGAUGCAACCUGGGUACACAGUAAUAAUGCAUAUUCAAGCAUGCCUGUGGGUGUAGCCGAGAAAACAAGCAUGAUUAAUGAUUCUUCAGAAUUGAUACAUCGCCCUUCAAUAUUGCUGAAAGUGGAUGAUCGAAGUGGCAAUGCUUUCUCAAUGGGGGCUUUGAAUGCAUCAAAAACCACUGGCUCUGGGCCAUCCCAAGCAUCUGGGAUUGGUUUUGCACUUGUGAAUCCCGUUGUGAAAGUAGAUGAGGUGAAAACUUCUGACAAUGAAAGUUCUCAGUCACAGCUUCCACCAGAUGUCGAUUCCACCUUAUUGCAGCAAGUAAUGAGCUUAACGCCAGAGCAAUUGAGUUCCUUGCCACUUGAACAGCGUCAACAAGUCAUCCAGCUCCAACAGGCACUCUCACAAAAUCAGAUGCGGCCAUCAUAGCAGCACCAUUGUCAAGUGGAUAGUAGUAUACCUCUAGCUCGAGUAUUGAUUUAAUGGCUGGCCACUUGUUUACUAUUCAACAAAGAAGGGCGCAGGCCAUAGAUUCAACAGAAUACAAAUGCUUGUACAAUGACUUAUAAAAUCAUCUUCAUCUGCAUUUGAGAUGCAAGAAAAAGGAUUAUACCAUUUAUGUAACGUUUAUAAGAUUCAUUGUUAGAAUAAGAGAAAAUUUUGAGUAACAAA